ACGUCGGUGUAUUUUGUCCGUGUACUCGACUGUACUUUUUGUUUACAAAAUGGCAGACUUCAGAACUUCUACUCUCGAUUAUUUCCCAGAGAACAUUUUAAUUGAUAUUUUAUCAUAUUUAGGUGUGCGAGAGCUCAUCAGAACUGGAAGGGUGUGUAAGAGAUGGAGACGCCUUGUAAAAGACCAACGUCUAUGGCGAGCUGUUGAUCUAACUGCAUGGAAAGGGGUGACGUCGCGCAUGCUGUGGGUUCUACUGCGCCAGUAUCUGGGCACUGGGCUCCGAUGCCUGCUGCUGCGUGGCUUGCUGCUCUCUGCUAGAGGCGGGGCAUUUCUCUCAGAGUCCUGGCUUAAGGCUUUGUCCUCCACGUGCCCCCGUCUGCGCAGUCUUUCCCUGCUGCAUGCAGACCUGAGAGGCUUGCGUAGUUGCCAGCUCCUGCCCACAACGCUGCAGGUCCUAGAGUUGCGUGGCUGUGAGCUGCCACAGAGCUUUUUCACCCAGACCCCACCCAGUCCUGAGAAACAAGCUGGAGCUGCGUCAACUGCUUCUACUCAGCAACAUGGACGCGGUCAGACUGGGAAAGUGCCUGCCUCCACAUCAGGAUUUGCCAUUGAGACGAUGGUCCUUGAUAAUGUGCCCUCCUUCACAGACCUGCACCUGCAGAGUCUGGCUUCUUGGUUGGGACAGUGACUGGUUACACAUGCAAUGAACUGUCUCACAGGAAAUGUAAUGUUUCAAUUCAACCCCUCGACCAGGGCUCUUCAGCUCUUAAAGGCACUGCAUGGUCAAUCCAAUGUCUGCAGUGACCAUAUAGCAUUUACUGCGAUUCGGCCUCUGCAUGCCUCCGGAGGCUGCCUUGAGAAGAAAUUCAAUGAAUAUAUUGCAACUCUGGGGGGUUUCAGUAGGCUAGAAGUAGCCCACUAGUUUUGCUCACUGGCCCCCUGAAGUCUAGGAAAAAUACUCUGUGAUUCCCCAAAGCAUUAUGUUGCCUGUAUUCAUUAAGAUAUGAGAAAGUACAAAUGGGAACUGUUUUAACCUUUUUCCACCAAGAAACUAACACGAAUGUGUUCUAAACUGACUUGCCAGUUAAAUUAAAUAAAUUGCAAAGUAGAACAUACCUCAAUAGAUCAUGAAUAAACAAAUAUCCAGGAAAUAGGA